AUGGAUGCUUCACGAGAUCUCCGCUUAUCUCAACUGAAUCCUGUUCCUGAGCGCCAAGACGGCCCUGAACUGCUGCAUGACUUGAUCAGAAAUACAGCCAGCACUCAAACGGCCCUUGACUUCAUUGAUAGCGAAGCCGGUCGGCGAGUUCUGUCGUACCAAGACCUUCAAUACGCAUCGGACAUCCUCGCUGCUCGAAUAGUGAGGGUUUGCAAGGAUACUCGUUCGGAAAUCCAGCAGAUCAUCCCGGUCUUGAUCCCACAGUCCCCUGAAUUAUAUAUCUCCCUUCUGGCCAUACUUAAAGCAGGCUGCGCAUUCUGUCCGCUUCAGCUUGACGCUCCCGAGGAGCGGCUUCGGUUUGUUAUCUCUGAUACUUCCGCCCCUGCCGUCGUAACAACCGAGUCUCAGCGGAAACGACUUGACGGUAUUCAAGGAGCAAGGAUCAUUUCAUUCUCAUACUCCGACCUCUCUUCCCAAGCCAGAGUCGAUUUCAAUCCCGUCAUCCAUGGUUCCGAUUUGGCGUACAUCAUGUACACGUCCGGCUCUACCGGUACGCCAAAAGGAGUUGCCGUAUCUCAUUUUGCCGUUACUCAGAGUCUACUUUCCCAUGAUAGAGAGUUACCCCACUUUUCACGAUUCUUGCAGUUCGCUUCGCCCACCUUCGACGUUUGUAUUUUCGAGAUCUUUUUCACGUGGUUUCGAGGAGCGACUCUUGUGUCGUGCAGUCGCGAGAUACUAAUAGAUGAUCUUCCCACAAUGAUGCGCCAGCUGGACGUCGAUGCUGCAGAACUCACGCCAACAGUGGCAGGAAAUCUGCUGAAACAACGCUCAACCGUCCCAAGCCUUCGCCUCCUGUUGACAAUUGGAGAGAAACUAACUGGCCGAGUUGUCGUCGAAUUUGGCGGUACGGAAACGGAACCCAGUAUUCUUUGGGCAUUGUACGGUCCGACAGAGUGUGCAAUUCAUUGCGCAAUUCAACCGGCUUUCAAUUCCAGGUUGAAGGCUGGACUCCUCGGUCGCACAUUCUCGUGCGGCUCGGCUUAUGUGGUUAGCCCCCGUGAAGACGGGUCUCACUGCCAAGUCGAAAUCCUUCCAGUGGGUUACGUUGGUGAACUGGCUAUAGGGGGAUACCAACUAGCCCGAGAAUACCUGAACCGUGAAGAGCAAACCGCGAAAGCCUUCGUCGACACCGAAAACAUUGGUCGCCUGUACCGAACCGGCGACCAGGUGCGAAUGCUGCCCUCUGGAGCUCUCGAGUAUAUCGGGAGACUUGAUACGAGUCAAGUGAAAUUACGAGGCCAGCGAGUAGAACUCGGGGAAGUAGAACACGCUAUAAGCAAGUUUGCUGGAUGCGAUACAGCUGUUGCGAGUAUCGUCUCGGGGUCACUGGUUGUCUUCUGCCGCUUCACGAACCAAGUAUCGGUGCCCUCUCCUGAGGCCAUUGUACAAUAUUCGAAGACUUGGCUUCCCUCUUUCAUGGUGCCUGGGUCGGUAGAGAUCAUAGAUGAGAUUCCAUAUCUUCCAUCGGGAAAGAUCAAUCGGAAGCUGCUCGAAUCCCAAUUUCUGCAAAAACGAGCCUCGGUUUUGAACGGAGAGGUAGAAAAAUCCUAUGAAAUCACUACGGCUUCUGGGAUAAGCAAGGUCUUAGAAAGGAUUUUGCAAGUUCGGUUGGCUCCAGACACGCCACUUGCAAGUUCGGGGCUCGACUCGUUGAGGGCAAUCUCAGCAGCAUCAGCACUGAGGGAUGAAGGUUUCAAUCUUAGUGCGACUGCUCUCCUAUCCUGCUCCACCGUGGAAGACUUAAUUGAGCACAUCCAGGGUCGGACGGUCGCCAAUGAAACCGAGCCGAAGAGAGAGAUUCCAUCUCUUGGGCUUGACCAAGUCCAUCCUGACGCUGCAGGACGAAUGGCAAAAGAUGAGAUACUCAAGAUCAUACCCUGCACUCCUCUUCAGCUCUCCAUGCUUGCUGAGAUGGAGAAGAGUGGUCGAGCCUACCGGAACUGGGUACAAAUCGAAAUUCCGGGGACCUUUUCUGCCCAUACUGUUACCAAUGCAUUCGAGCAUCUUGUGGCCUCCAACGAAAUACUACGGACCGGAUUUGCUCUAGGCACUACCGAAUCUAUGCCAUACCUUCAAGUUAUCCGGAAGAGUUUGCCUGGGGAUACUUGUGUCGAGGUUGAUACAUUCGAGAACUUCGACAAAAACACAGAGGCAUCUCGCGAGAUGAACAUCGCUUCGCCGCUUCAUAUACUCAUAGAAAGAAACAGCAACCCCACCAAAGUGCUCAUCCAUAUGUCUCACUUGAUCUAUGAUGGGUGGUCCAUGGAUCUGAUGCUCGACGACCUCUAUGGAUACAUUCAUCGCAAAUCCAUCCUCCAGCGCCCUCAGUUUUCCUCGGUGGUCGAUUUCACGAUGCGACCCGUUGAGAAAACGACCCGCAUGAAAUCAGAGCGGUUUUGGGUUCAGCAAUUGAAGGACUACCCAUUCAUUCCGUUACCUCUCCUCAACGCUGUGAGCGUUCAACAUAAACUCAAAACAAUCGCAACAGUCAUGGAAGGUUCUCUUCACGGAGUACGAGAAGCUGCUGCGAACCUCAACGUCUCUCCGCAGGUCCUUUUCCAGGCGGCCCUGGCACAUCUUAUCGGACUCUACAAGGGCGUGGACGACGUAUGUUUGGCGUCGGUCACGUCAGGGCGAAUGAUUCCCGUCCCAGGAAUCGAAAACAUCCUUGGCCCUUGUAUCGCGACUCUUCCCCUACGGUUGUUGACGAACGAUUCAACGCCUGCCGCCACUCUCAUGAGGAAAAUCCAUCAGCUCAAUACAGAUAUACUGGCCCAUUCAUACCUUUCUUUGUCAGAAAUCCGUAGGCUUGCCGGAUUCAACCCCGGCGAAAUGAUCACCGAUGUCCUGUUUGUAUGGCAAGAGAGCCUUUCCUCCACAAAGGUGACACCCUCGAGCAUUCGAAUAGUCGACAGCUUUGACUACACUGAAUUCGCACUCAAUUUUGAAGUUGAGCCACAAGACUCCAACAUUCUCUUGAAAGCGACAUUCGACGAAGCGAUAAUCGAUGCUGCUCAUAUCCAUGUGCUUAUGCGGCAGAUCGAAACCUUUGUAUCCUGCGCCUGUGAGAAUCCGCAAUUACGCUUUGCGGAUUAUCAUCCACGGUUAUCCAGCGAUCUCCUUUCCUUGAUUCCUAUCCGAGAACAGACCCCCCCGAGCGAAGCGUUGACAGAUCGAAUCAGUCGAUGGGCAAGGGAUUAUCCAGAUCGAACAGCCCUUUGGUUUACAUCGGCUUUCGAAGACAAUAUUUCUACCAUCCAAAUCACUUACGCGGAUCUGGAAGACCGUGCCAAUCGACUGGCUCAUGCCAUAUGUGCUCUUCGAGAAUCAUCAGACGUAUUGGCGUGCAUCUACAUGGACAAGUCAGUCGAGUUCUAUGUUGCAGUCUUGGCUAUUGUCAGAGCCGGUCUAGGCUAUUUACCGAUCACUCCCGAUACUCCUCAAGAAAGAAUCGAAACCAUUCUUCAUGAUUCACAGGUCAGAAUUCAUAUCGUCUCGGAUGCAACUUCAGAGUUGCUAGAGUUGUCCGGCGACAAAGUACUAUUGAACGUAGAGAGUCUAGAUGUGCGAGAUUUCUCCUCUCAGUCACUCCAACAUGUCCCGCUCUCAUCUCCAGCAUAUGCGGUAUACACUUCAGGCUCGACUGGGCUGCCAAAAGGCGUCCUUGUUUCGCAAGGAAAUCUGCUCGGCAACCUUGAGAUUUUGUCUAGCAUAUAUGCUGUUUCUGCCGGAUCUCGACUUUUGCAAGCAUGCUCGAUUGCAUUCGAUGUCUCCGUGUUUGAAAUUUUUUUCUGCUGGUAUUCAGGCAUGACCUUAUGCAGUUCACCAAAAGACGCUCUCUUUCGCGACUUAGAGCAUGCAAUUCGAACUUUUCAGAUUACACACCUCAGUAUGACUCCGACUGUUGCAGCAUUGGUGGAUCCUGCAAAUGUGCCCAGUGUACAGUUCCUUGUGACAGCAGGGGAAGCCUUGACUGAAGUGGUGAAAAGUCGAUGGACCGGAAAAGGCCUCUUCCAGGGAUAUGGCCCUUGUGAGACCACCAAUAUCUGCACCGUUAAAGAGGACGUCAAAGAUUCGGACGUUAUCAACAAUAUCGGUCCUCCUUUCAAGAACACGUCUGUCUUCGUUUCAGGCGUGAGGGGUUUUGAGAUCCUUCCUCGUGGCUCCAUCGGUGAGUUAUGUUUCGGCGGCAGCCAGGUGUGCAUGGGUUAUCUAAACAACCCGAACUUGACGUCUGAGAAAUUCUUGGUUCAUCCUACAUUUGGUCGGCUAUAUCGCAGCGGAGAUCUGGGCCGCCUGUUGCCAGACGGUCAGCUCCUCUUCGCUGGGCGGAGCGAUGAUCAAGUCAAGAUUCGAGGCCAGCGUGUGGAAUUGGGUGAGAUCAAUCACAUUCUGUGCAGUACGGAUAUUGUACAAGAUUGCUGCAGCCUUGUCAUCGGCUCAUCAGCAAGAGGCAAUAUCUUGGUAACAUUCUGGGUCCCGGUCAUUGCCCAGAGCGAACCGUCGGUUGUCUCUAAUCUAACAAAAUUCGGAGACGAUUUGUGCCAGUUAUUCGACGUGUGUGCUAGACGCCUCGCCGCCUAUAUGAUUCCUACUCAUUUGAUACCCAUCGGAAGGAUCCCCCAGACACGACAAGGCAAAGCGGAUAGGCGAGCACUGAAAGCCGAAUUCGAGGCCCUGGAUGCUGUAUAUCUCAAUGGCGUCUCAGUCGGAAGUUCAUCAGAUGGAGACAUGACGGAUUGGACGGAAGAGGAGCACACAAUUGCCAGCGUCCUUGGAGAGGUUCUCCAAGUACCGCGACGCGAAAUCCAGAAGACCUCUUCUUUUUUUGGCUUAGGUCUCGACUCGAUAUCAGCAAUUACUGUUUCCCGGAGACUAGAAUUGCUCAACAUUCAAGCCACGGUCUCUCAACUUCUCAGAUUCCCAACUAUUGCUUCCCUUAGCCGGGGCAGGUCAUCUGAUGAACCAAGCCGUACAAAGGUUGACCUUUCGAAUAUCUGGACAAAAUCAGACCUGUCAGACCUCCGCGCUCUGUUCAGAAACAAUAACCUCUCUGCUGCUCGCAUAUUGCCUUGCACUGCAUUGCAAGAGGCAAUGAUGUCUACAUCGUCUACAUCCCCCGACGCGUAUUGUAACGUCAUGCGAUUUAGCAUUCAUGAGGAUUCGUCGAAGGUCAUACACGCCUGGGACACUGUCUUGAGACGACACGAUAUCUUCCGAACUGCCUUCGCAAGUACCCAAAACAGAGAUUAUCCGUUUGCACAGAUACUCCUCGAUGGUUACUUGCCAAGGACUCAUCAUGUCCACGUCGCCAGUGAGGAAGAUCUGGAUGAAGUUAUUGGUCACCAGAAAACGACUGUGCAAGACAAAGUGGCAACGAUACAGCCGCCAUACGUCUCAUCCGUAGCGGAGUUUGUAGAUGGUGCUAUCCAGAUAAUAUUUUGCUGCCAUCAUGCGCUCUACGACGGGGAAGCGAUGUCUUUGCUGGUCAAAGAGGUACAGCAACUCUGUAAAGGCGAACAUCUCUCAGCUCUUCCUAUCAUUGACCCGUUUCUUAACGAGGUUAUUUUGUCUAGAACAGCAGAAGCCGAUUCUUUUUGGGCACAAUUGCUCCAGAAUGCGAGGAGCACGAUAUUUCCGCCACUAUCUAUCAAUCCGACAAAACGCGAACGGCCCAAACACUUGUUCGAAACGUAUGGUUCGACCCUCGCCGUGUCUUUGACUCGAAUUGAUUCAGCGAUUCGCACCUUGAAUACGCCCCUGCUUUGCAUAUUGCAAGCAGCUUGGGCCAAGGUACUGGCCCAGUGCGUUGGUCAGUCAACGAUUUGCUUCGGUAAUGUGGUCAGUGGCAGAUCUGUGCCAGUACCGGGUGUAGAACGAUUAGUUGCACCUUGCUUCAAUACGGUUCCCAUCCAUAUCCAAAUCAAAGAAAGCCAAUCGAAUCUUGAACUGGUCGAGUCGCUUUGCAGAUUCACGGCAGAUGCAAUGCCAUACCAGUUAUAUCCUCUGAGACGUGUUCUGUCAAACGUCCAAUCCAUCAACAAACCCCUGUUCGAUUCACUUUUUCUACUACAGCCUGGGCCGUACCGGCUGGACGAGCAUAUCUGGACGCUAGAAGAAGAUUCUGGGUGGAUGGAUUUUCCACUAGUUGCCGAAAUCACACCGGAUCGACAUCAAAAUGUGCUGGGCUUCAAACUGCAUUUCUCUACAUCCAAACUCGAAUAUAAUGACGCGGUCUCCGUCGCUACGCUAUUCUCAUCUGCACUAGAAACACUUCUAGAUUCGCCGAACGGGAGUGCAAUAGACCAUGGGCCGUCAUUUCUAGAUGAGCGCUUGUUAGCUGGAGACCGGACCAUGGUCAAUCAAGGGGUGGUCAAUUCAGGAUGUCUUCCCAAUACGGUCGAUACAAAGGAGCGCGAGGUGUCUUCCAAGAGCAUCUCCCAGCUGGAGCUCAAGAUUCUCGAACAUAUGGCGCGGUUUACCGGGAAAGAUGUAUCACAAAUCAGUGGCUCAACAACCAUAUUCCAACUGGGAGUGGACAGUAUCAGUGCAGUCCAGCUUGCCUCUUUGCUAAGAAGAGAAGGACUUCACGUCAGUUCUUUGAAGAUUCUCGAGCUUCAAACCGCUUCCGCGAUCGCAAAGUUCCUUGAGCUGAAGAACGAGCCAACCCAAUCUCCUCAAUUCGAUUUCGCCGCCUUUGACCGCCAGCACCGGGCUCGUAUUUGCGAAGAGCUAAACAUCUCUUCCUCUGAAGUCGAGAAGCUCCGGCCGUGCACACCACUUCAGAGUGGCAUUAUUGCUCAGUUUCUGCAGAGCAAUGGAGACCGAUACCUUAACCAGUACAGCAUUCGGCUUCGCAACAACAUCAGCGAAAACGAUCUUCAAGGUGCGUGGGAGCAAGUGCAAAGUAGCCAUGAGAUGCUCCGCACAGGAUUCUUUCACCUAGGGGGAACUGACUUUCCAUUCGCGAUGAUAACAUAUACGGAUGGCGCUGGUACAUCGCCAUGGUCUCAAGAACCACUCACCCAUAGUGAACAAGAUAAGCUGCAAUGCGUUUCGCAGGAUGGUUCAUACUUUGCACAAAACCUACACAUCCCUGGCUGGCGGCUUCUACUUGAACGCGGCCCAGGUUCGACAACUCUACACAUCGCUAUCUUACAUGCGCUGUAUGACGCUAACAGUAUCGCGAUGAUUCUCGAGGACGUCUCACUGCAUGUUGAUGGAAAACCCGUUUCCAUGCGUUCCUCAAUUGAGAAGACGCUGGGUGCGAUUCUACAGCAGCCAGAUGUCACUGAAGCCAAAUCAUUCUGGACAAAACAAGAUCUGCGCGUCACCAAGUUUCCUAAUCUCUGCCCCUACCAAACCUCCGGAUCGCUGCGGGUCAUGGAAAUCAACUGUAGUACUACUUUGACUGGUUUGGCCGAAGCAUGCAAAGCUUCAGAUGUUACCAUGCAAGCUAUGGGACAAGUUGCAUGGGCACGAGUGCUCGGUGCGUAUACUGGAGAAGAUCGAGUUACCUUCGGGGUAGUGUUGUCAGGAAGAAACACGGAAGAGUCCCGAACUGCGCCAUUCCCAACUUUCACCACCGUUCCAAUCAGUGUUGCUAUCGACACAGAAGCGAUUCAAAGUCUUCUGGAAGCAGUUGCCUUCAAUUCGCAAGUGCUCAAGUAUCAGCAUGUGGCAUUGAGCGACAUAAAAAGCUGGGCCGGUCUCGAUGAUCGACAGCUCUUUGACAGUCUCUUCGUUUUCCAACAAUCAACUGGUCCUGAAACACGCCUCGAUUUCGGAGAAAUAGUACAUGAGGCGGCUACGUCGGAGUUUGUGGUUUCGGUGGAGCUACUUCCAAAGGACGAUGAUGUCCUGGUUCUCCGCUUAACUUUUCAAAGCAACAUGCUACCUGAGCCGCAGGCACAAACCCUUCUAGAACAGAUGGAUCAUCUCUUGGCUAGUUUUUCCAAACCAGGAUAUGAGGACCAAGCACUCUCCCCACUUCUCUACUCCAUCACUCCCGCAAGGGAUUCGAAAAUAGAUUCAGACGAGACAUUAUUGCACCAUUUCGUUGAAAAUCAGCUAGAACCUCGCCCACAAGUUGUUGCCCUGCAAUUUGCAUCUGACAUUACCAACGGCAAAGUUCGGAGUCAUUGCUGGAGCUACAAGGAGCUGGACAACGCGGCAAACCGUGUUGCUAAUAUUGUUCUCGAUUCGAACGUACAGCAAGGAAGCCUAGUCGCAAUAUGCUUCAAUAAAUGCCCAGAAGCAUCAUUCGCUAUUGUUGGCAUUCUCAAGUCAGGUUGCGCCUAUGUCGCAUUGGAUCCAAGUGCUCCCCUGGCCAGAAAGAGCUUUAUUCUCCAAGACAGCCAGGCUUCUCUGAUUUUGACGACCAAAGAUCUCCGAGACGAAUUAUCCCCACUACCAGGCGUACGGAUCAUAGCUCUAGAAGACGGAGAGUGCGAAGAUUUUGAGGCUUCAUCACCACGUCUUUCAAGACCUAUUGAGCCCUCGGAUGUUGCAUACUGCCUCUAUACUUCAGGUACUACCGGCACGCCCAAAGGGUGCGAGAUCACUCACGAUAAUGCCGUCCAAGCGAUCAAAUCUUUCCAACGGAUCUUCUCCGGUCACUGGAAUGACGAUUCUCGGUGGCUCCAGUUUGCCUCGUUUCAUUUUGAUGUCUCUGUUUUAGAGCUGUUCUGGAGUUGGUCCGUAGGGAUUCGUGUUGUCUCAGCACCAAAAGACGUCAUUUUCGAGGACCUUGCCGGUGCUAUUCGCAGUCUUCGCAUCACUCAUAUAGAUCUCACUCCUAGUCUUGCAAGACUUAUCCGGCCAGAGGAAGUUCCAAGUCUAUGCGAUGGUGUGUUUAUUACUGGAGGUGAGCAGCUUAGACAAGAUGUAUUGGAUGCUUGGGGUUCAGCGCAGGUCAUAUACAAUGGUUAUGGACCAACGGAAGCCACCAUUGGCGUCACCAUGCUACCGCGUGUUCCAUCAAACGGGAAACCAAGCAAUAUCGGCCCUCAAUUCGACAACGUUGGCACCUUUGUGUUCAAGAAAGGAACCGAUACCCCAGUACUCCGAGGCGGUGUUGGAGAGUUGUGUGUACACGGGGUCCUAGUCGGUAAAGGAUAUUUGAACCGACCUGAACUCACAGACCAGAAGUUUCCAUAUCUACGGAAAUACGGCGUACGUGUCUAUCGCACAGGAGACUUGGUGCGGAUACUCCAUGAUGGAUCUUUUGAUUUCCUAGGUCGGCAAGAUGAUCAAGUCAAACUCCGAGGGCAAAGGCUCGAGAUCUCAGAGAUCAACUCUGUCAUUGUCCAUGACGUGCCAGAAAUUCGUGAUGUGGCAACUCUGGUCCUAAAGCACCCUCAGAUGCAGCGGGAGCAACUUGUGUCUUUCAUCGUAAGACAUCUAACAACCGUGGAAGAGGAAAGGACCUACCGUGGCAGUGGAACUUCUUUUCAGUCGGUUGGCGACAAGGCACGAUCCUCUUGCCAAAAGUUCCUGUCUCCGUAUAUGGUCCCAACUUAUUUCGUGCAUUUGGAUGCGCUUCCACUCUCGGUGAACAAUAAACUCGACGAGAAUCGGUUAAAGGAACACUUCUAUGCCCUUUCAUCGCACGAAUUACAGGGACUCGGUCGAUCCACAUCCGAGGACAACAGAAUGACAGUUCAGGAGUCGCAGCUCGCAAAUAUCCUGCGCGAGAUGCUAAGGAACAGAAUCGACACCAUUUCACCGUCUUCGAAUAUCUUCGAGCUAGGUCUUGACUCAAUUUCAGUCAUUGAACUGGCAAAAAGAAUAAGACAAGCCAAUCUCGGCCGUCCUUCGAUCCAAGCUUUAAUGCAACUACAAACGGUCCGGGACAUAUCGUCAACGAUGGUGAAAGAUCAGUCCUCCAAGGCUUCAAGCCGGGCAACAGCCAUUUCAGCCAAGCAACUGAUGUCCAUUUGCAAGCACAAGCAUCUCCGCCUGGUGGCAUCGGCGUUGAGUUGUGAAUCUUCUCUCGUCGAGAGCAUUGCCCCUUGCACUCCCCUGCAAGAAGGCAUGAUCGCUACAACCAUGAACAGUUCAGAGCCUUUCUACUUUGCUCAGUUUCGGUUCGAGCUCCAUGAGGGCACCGACAUACCACGAUUGAGGGCUGCAUGGCAAAAUGCUCAGCAUAAUCUUCAAAUGUUGCGGACCUCCUUUGUGCAAAGCUCUUCAGGCUAUGUCCAGGCCGUGAUGAAAUACCGUGAAUUCCCUUGGAAAGGAACAUUUAUACCGGAGGCCACAUUGCACCAGGGAAUGCGGGAGAUGUUCCAAGACUGGUAUCGUGACACCCUCUGGACCCUGCUUCAUCCAUUUGAACUUGUCCUCGUCAAAUCAGAAGCACGCGUUCUGCUUUCGCUCCAUAUGUUUCAUGGCUUGUACGACGGCAUCAGUAUGAGGCUUCUACUCCAGAGCAUUGCCCAAGCGUACCAGAGCGAGCCGAAUGUGCAGUACGGGCCGAACUUUCACGAGGUCCUCCCAUUCGGGCCCUUAGCCACCCUUUCUGGCGCCGAGCAAUUCUGGCUUUCUCACCUGGCAGGUAGAAAAAGUGGUACUCAUCCUCAAAUGCGUUAUGAUUGUCCUAGUCCCCUGAAAGUAUCUUCAACACUUGGUGGCAUGGGUUCCAUCGAACGACUACGAAAAUCACUGAAGGUUACUACCCAAGCAGUUGUCCAAGCAGCCUGGGCGGUGACCAUGAACAAGGAGCUCCAUCGACCCAGUCCUUUGGUCCUAGGACUUGUCAUAUCUGGGAGAUCAAUUGAUUUCAACGGAGCUGAUAAAGUGGUUGGGCCGUUGUUCAACACAAUCCCAUUCUGUCUAGAACUGAGGAGCAAUGAUACAUGGCGAGAUCUGAUCGCUCGUUGUCAGUCUUUCAAUAUUGCGGUCCUGCCAUUUCAACAUACGCCCCUUCGAAAUAUUCACAAGUGGAAUCAAGUUCCUUCCAACCAUUCUCUCUUCGACACUCUCCUGGUCUUUCAACAAGCCCUUGAGGGGGAUUCUUCCAAUGAGAACUUGUGGGAGCAAACAGGAGAAGGGGCUGCAGCACACUAUCCUCUAUCGCUCGACAUUGAACUUAUAAAAGAGUCAAUGAAGCUCGAAUUCGUUUCCCAGGGAUGGUACUGCGAUGGCGAGCAAUUGAGUAGGCUGCUAUCUGAGUUCCAACAGUCAAUGGAAGCAAUGCUUCUCAACGUUGAUGACAACAUUGGCUAUUUUACUGCAGAUGGAGAUCGGGGAAGCCCCAUUGCGAGCGAAACACCGUCCGAGACCUUUGCAAAUGGACACGUUACCAAGCCUGUCUCUGUGAAGGCUGAGCUACUGCGCGAUCUUGUGGGACAGCUUACGGGAAUAGAUCUGGAUGACAUUUCAUAUGACGGCUCUAUGGUUGGCCUAGGAUUGGACAGUAUCGAUGCUAUCCGAUUAUCCUCCCAGAUUCGACAAGCUGGGUAUUCCAUUCCUGUGGGCGAAAUCAUGCGGUCCAAAUCCAUUGCUGCAAUUGCCGAACAGCUCGUUCCUGAAACAGAAAGCGAGGCGGAAGGCAAGGGGGAUAAAUCGAUGGAUGUUCUUUUACCGCGUCUGAAUGAACUAGUGCGAGGGCAGCAUCCACAUAGGUCCAUUCAAGCAGUAUACCCGGCGACACCUCUGCAGGAAGGAAUGCUGGUGCAUAUGAUGAGUUCCGGCUUCAAGAGAUACUUCAACCAUGAGGUUUUGCAACUAUCGUCGCACACUAAACUCAAUACGCUCCAGAAAGCUUGGGACGACGUCAUUCGAACGACCGAAGCUCUACAAAUAUCGUUCAUGGAGCUCGAUGACCCAAGCAUCCCCUACUCUUUCGCACAGGUUGUUGUCCAGGAGAAAGCUAGCUUGCAAUGGUUCACCAAAAGGUUGGACGACGACCGAAAUUGGCUAUCGGCCGUGGAAGAUGCGAAGAGACAAGCGGAACGAAACGCAGAACAGGGGGAACUCAUCAGUCUUUGUACGAUUGAGACCCCUGACAGAACGUUGCUCACCCUGAGUCUCUCACACGCCUUGUACGAUGGCUGGUCAAUCGGAUUAUUGCAUUCUGAUGUCCAGGAGGCAUAUCAUGGUCGGCUCACACCGAGGCCCCCAAUUGGUCCCACGAUACAAACCAUAUUGAAGGGUGAUAGUGAGCAGAGUCAGAUAUUCUGGCGGGACUAUCUCUCUGAAUGUCAACCUACGCAUACAUCUCUAAGGACGACACAUCCCGAGAAAUCUGGCGUACUCCGCCGGGAAUCCGUGAGCGACCUGUCAGUCCAGACAAUCAAGGGCUUUUGCAAAUCGGCAGGAGUGACCAUGCAGACGCUGACGCACACGUGUAUGGCCAUGGUACUAGCAUCAAGAAGCGCAUCGCUAGAAACGGUCCAUGGACUGGUGCUGUCCGGGCGGGAUAAUUCCAGGUCAUCGGAGGUAAUGUUCCCAACCAUGGCCACUGUCCCCCUGCGGACAUUUAUCCAUGGAGACGUGCGGUCAAUGCUGGGGUACAUGCAUGAGAAUAUCGCGGAUGUGGUUCCUCAUCAGCAUUACCCUCUCCGAAAAAUCCAAACUUUGGUGGAAAGGAAUAGUCAGCCGCUCUUCGAUGCGCUCUUCAUAUACCAGGCGCAUCCUCAACACCAUGUCGACGAGCACGAGAAGCUGUACGAAACCAUUGAUGGCGAUGCCGAAGUAGAAUUCGGCGUAGCGGCGGAAGCCGAAAUCGCUGACCAGACUCUUGUAUGGCGCGUAGCAUGCUCGGAAAGCCGGUUCGACACCAAGGCAGUGCAACAGUUCCUCAGAGAACUCGAUAGUGUUCUCCGGUACAUGGUCAAUUUUCCGGACCGUGAAUGUCUGAGUGCCGACAGUGAGGGUAUCACAAUCUGCGGCCUCUCCAAAUUUGCUCUAGAUGCUGAAUUGGAGGACAGAGGAGCAGGCUCUGAUGGGCGGGAUCAAGCGCGGGUUGUGGAUGAGGCCACAUGGACUGAGUUGGAGCUUUCCAUUCGUCAAGUGUUGUCAAAUGUGGCUGGCAUACCCGAAGACGAUGUCACCAAAGACUCGACCUUACCGAGCAUCGGGCUAGACUCCAUCAGUGCCAUCAAGGUCUCAAAACUGCUGCGCAACAGAGGCAUUCUGCUGCCGGUGAGCACACUAUUGCGUGCAUCCACGGUUCGUACCAUGGCACAGGUUCCCUCUCAACCUCCAGAUCCCGAAGAAGCCGACAAGCAAUCAAACAAGGCAACUUGGAAGUCUCAUGCGGUUGGUUUUGAGCUGUUGGAGAGUGUUGACCCCGGCGACGUGGAGAUGGCCAUACCAGCAACCGCUGGGCAAGUCUACAUGCUAUCAGUGUGGCAAAACUCCAAUGGGCGGCUUUUUUGGCCCACAUUCGAGUACACAGCACCUGGGACCUGGAGCCGUGCACAGAUUGAGAUGGCAUGGAAUGCCCUGGUUCAAGAACAUCCCAUUCUCCGGACUACAUUUGUGGCCACCGAAACGGAGCUCCCGAUCAUGCAGGUCGUCCUCCGAGGCGAUUCGAAAACCCUCAAGGAGCGUAAAAUAGUGAAUCUGACGAUUGAGGAAAAGGUUGGCACUUGGGUGCUGCGACUCAACAUCCAUCAUGCGUUGUAUGAUGCCAUAAGUCUCCCACGGCUGAUCCAACGACUGGAUGCACUGUGCCUCGAUUCUAACCUCUCGAGUAGCGAUUGGGACAAUUCUUUUGGGGAAUACGUCAACGCUGUCUGCGAUGUCGACUCCCACGAGCAAGCUCGUUCGUUUUGGUCGUCUUACCUUCAUAAAGCUCCGAAUCCGCUGAUCAAGCCAUCUUCAUCUUCAUCCCAUCGUCGAGUGGAACUUUUCAAGGCAGACGUGGUGAACCAAACCGCUCUGCUUGAGAAGAAGGCACGAGCAAGCCACGUUUCGGUCCACCACAUUUUCCUUGCCGCAUAUGCCCAAGCCUAUGCCCGUCUCGUUGCUAGCCACGCCGCUCAUUCCAAAGAAGUCGUCUUUGGGGUCUAUCUAGCCAAUCGGUCUCAUGACAUCCCUGGACUCGUGGAAAGCUGUGGCCCAACCCUCAACCUUGUGCCCCUACGCGUCUCACUCAAUGCCAAUAAGGGACUGGUGGAGAUGGCGAGGAAGAUUCAAGAUGACUUGCUUGAGAUGAACCGGAUCGAUCGAGCUGGAGCGGGAUUGUGGCAAAUCGAGCGGUGGACGGGAAUCCAGGUGGAUUCGUUCGUCAACUUUUUGAAGCUGCUCGAUAUCGCUGAAGUCGUGGGUGCAGGGGCCAUUCGUGCUGCGGAUGGAGAGCGGGAUGGGUACGCCAGGGUGGUAGAAGGGAAGAGCGCCGAUGAUGGUGAAGGAUUAACGAAGCUACUGGAGAAAAAUCGUGUGAGAGGCGCGUAUCUGCCAUCUGUCGAUGUGGAGGCACGGAUUGUCGAUGGUGGAUUGCAGGUGGGAGUGUUUUGCCCGGAAGGACUCUUGACGUUGAGCGAGGCGGGAAAGCUGGUGGAUGACUUGAGGUCAUCGCUGUUGGGCAGUGAGUGA